CGAGUGACGGAACGAUAUUUCGAAGCGUCGUAGCGAAAAUUCAUCCGUUGUGUUUCAUGACGAUAGAUAUUAAUAUACUCAAGUUAAUUUUGUGCAGAAACUUGGCGAUAUUCCCGAAUCGGGACCAUAAUGCCACGUUCGGACUGACGGGAACGGUGGAACUUCGUAACACAGUGAUUUUAUGCGGAGAUAACGUGAUUUCGCGACGAGAACAUAAUUCGCUUAUCAUGCAAUAUCGCGCGACAAAGAGAGAAGCCGCCCGACCGUCUUCGACAUAAUUGCUCUGGGUUACGAUAAAGUGUCGCCGAGAUACGAUAGAGAGAGAUAGAGAGAGGAAAAGAGAAACAAUAGGAUUAUCGUGAUCACGCGUGAUGUAUAAAUAUAUGAAAAUAAUUUUCUUCAAGAAGAGAAACAUUUACAAAGACAAAAAGAGGAUGCUGGUUAAAUGCGAAAAGAUUAUGCUUCACAUACGGCUACGAACAACAGCAAAGAUACCGAAAUCUCUAUUCAACGGAUCGGUCGUUGACCUACUUGUUGAGACCUAAAGCAACAGUUUGCCCUUUAAGCUAUCUGCAUCCCUCUCCAUUUACAUCGGCAUCUUGUCUUCUCCUUUGAAAUCCUCUUACUGAUAAAGGACCUCUCCAGAACAUCAGCGGAAGGAUAAGAUUCGAGAAUGGGAGGUGGGGAAUGGAGCAGUUGGUUGCAACGAUGCCGGCAAUCUCGGAGGCUCGUUCUCGUCAUCGUUGCCAUCGCACUGCUGUUGGAUAAUAUGUUGCUAACAACUGUAGUUCCAAUAAUACCGGAAUUUCUUUACGACAUCAAACAUCCUAAUGCAACAUUAAGUGAACAUUUGGAAGGAAGUGCAUCUCAUCAAACCACCGCCGCCACUACCGUAUUGCCAACAACAACGACAACGCCAAAAUGUCCUUGUGCUCCGAACACAUCGACUGUUUCACAAUUGGAAUUUCUACAUUCUUUUACAACCUCUUCCACGGAGCUGGCAGCAGAAGUUACUGUAGGCAAUCGCACGUCACCGGAAGCAAUGGAAAAGGAACAGAGACAUCGGGAAUUAUUAGAAGAGACCGUGGCAGUAGGAAUGAUGUUUGCUUCUAAGGCUUUUGUCCAAUUGUUGGCUAAUCCUAUAGUUGGACCUUUAACUCACAAGAUCGGAUACAGUAUACCUAUGUUUACUGGAUUUAUUAUAAUGUUUCUAUCUACGCUAAUUUUUGCUUUUGGACGAAGUUACAGCAUACUUUUUCUAGCGCGAGCUCUUCAGGGUAUCGGUUCAUCGUGUUCUAGCGUUUCUGGUAUGGGUAUGUUGGCCGAAAGAUAUCAAGAUGAUAAAGAGCGUGGUAAUGCGAUGGGUAUUGCAUUAGGCGGACUAGCUCUUGGUGUCCUUAUCGGUCCCCCAUUCGGCGGAGUAAUGUACGAAUUUGUAGGGAAAUCUGCCCCAUUUUUAGUACUUUCUGCAUUAGCCCUUGGUGAUGGAUUAUUGCAGCUUCUAAUGCUUCAACCAUCGGUCGUAUAUACGGAAGCGGAACCACCGUCAUUAAAGUCUCUCAUCACCGAUCCUUAUAUCAUUUUAGCGGCUGGUGCAAUAACAUUCGCGAAUAUGGGUAUUGCUAUGUUAGAGCCGAGUUUACCGAUUUGGAUGAUGGAUACGAUGGGCGCGAGUCGCUGGAAACAAGGCGCUACAUUUUUACCAGCAAGCAUUAGUUACUUGAUUGGAACAAAUCUUUUCGGACCACUCGGACAUAAAAUGGGCAGGUGGUUAGCUUCCUUGAUUGGACUUGUAGUUAUUGGUAUCUGCUUGAUGUGUAUUCCGCUAGCGAAGAGUAUCGACCACUUGAUUGUACCGAAUGCAGGUUUAGGAUUUGCCAUUGGCAUGGUGGAUAGCUCAAUGAUGCCCGAGUUAGGAUAUCUGGUCGAUAUAAGGCAUAGCGCUGUUUAUGGAAGCGUUUAUGCCAUCGGCGACGUAGCGUUUUGUUUAGGCUUUGCUAUAGGUCCUGCAUUGAGUGGAACUUUGGUCAACAGCAUUGGUUUCGAAUGGAUGCUUUUUGGUAUUGCUCUGUUAAAUUUUAUUUACGCACCUCUUAUGUAUUUCUUAAGAGCACCACCGACGAAAGAGGAGCAAAAGUCGCUAAUAAUUGGUGAAAAAUCAUCUGUGCGUUAUGUCACCUACCAGAAUGAAGAAGAGGACCAAUAAAACGGUGAUUCUAAAAUUUUCAAUUUUUAAUCGAUUACUUCAUUCUUUAUUUUAUUUACUUACGAAAUGUCUCUUGUUU